AUGUCUUCCUCAUUCAAGAAGACAAUGUCAUCAGCACCCACCACACCAGAAAUGGUGCAGCCAGGAGAAAUCGGGACCCUUAUCCAUCAGUCACAAUCACCAGCAUCCAAUGGUGACCAGAGAAAUUUGGAAGAGCUGAAAAAUGGGGCUGAUCUUUCCCUAGUUUGCAUUCUAGAAGCUCUCCUUAGGAGACUCGAUGGGGCGCAGUAA